UUUAUGGUUAACCUCUUACGGAACGAAAUCGAAUUGUUUGUUUUGUUUAUAAUUCAUUAAAUUAAAAUGAAAGACGUGAUAGAUGUAAUGGCUCUGCAGAGCAAUCGACGCGAAAGACGUUUACCCGACUAUCGUAGUGCACCUGGACACAGCUUGGCAACAAAUUUCAUUUUUGAAUGUGGAAUCAAACUUGGCUUGCAACCGGCCACAGUCGCCACUGCUGCUAUAUUUUAUCACAAGUUCUUCAAAGAAGCUGAUAAAAAUGACUACGACUGUUACGUUAUAUGCACUGCUUGCCUCUGUGCUGCUGGAAAAUCGAGAGACGAACCAGUAAGAUUGCGAGACGCUGUCAAUGUUGCCCAUAACUCCAUCAACCGUGGAGCUGGUCCAUUGGAACUCGGUGAAGAGUAUUGGUCUUGGCGAGGUGCUGUAGCUCAGGCGGAAUUACUUGUGCUUAGAUUAUUGGGGUUCAACUUGGACGCUCCAUCUCCGCAUCGAUACUUGUUACAUUAUCUUCGUUCCCUGCAAGAAUGGUUCCCCUCUACUCAAUGGCGGUCAGCCCCUGUUGCCCGUACAGCAAUGGCGUUCUUGCAAGACUUCCAUCAUUCUCCUAAUGUGUUGGAUUACCGAGCACCACACAUUGCUGUAGCUUGCUUGACCCUGGCCCUACAUGUUUUGGGAGUUUCUGUUCCCUUAGCUGCCACAUUAGACGAUGAUGCGGCCUGGUAUUCAGUGUUCACCAAAGAUUUGCAGAAAGAGAAGAAUUGGGAAAUAAUGGAGAAGAUUAUGCAAGUUUAUAGCAGAGAACCAGAACCAAUAUAAAUGGAUGGACUGGAUUUAGUUAAUAAUUUAAUUGUAAGGAAUUUCAAUAAAUAACUUUUACACUA